UAUUUCCCUUAAACCAUAAUGGCGUCUGGUUUGCAAUGUUUUGGUUGUGGAGUUCAAUUUGGAUUGUUCAAAAGAGAGCAUUCUUGCAAAAAUUGUGGCCAUAUAUUCUGCAGCACUUGUACAUCACAGUCUAUAGUUAUACCAAAGCAUGGAACAAGCAAACACAAAGUAUGUUUUAAGUGCUAUAAAAUACUAACAAGUCCACCUGRUACAGAACACAAAAGAAAGCAAAAUGAUUUGAACAAAUUUCCAGAGCCAAGAAUAGUCACUCAACCAAAUMAAACAGYACAGAACAUACCAGUCAGUAKUCAAGGUGCAGAAAAAGGAUCAUUAGAUCCAGAUGAAAGAAUUCGACAAAGACUACAACAGCUCAAACAGRACAAAGAUAGUCCAACYGGUGUCACAGAUGAAGAGAUUGGAAGACGAUUUGAAAACCUUGCAGGUAGAAAACCUGUCAGUCAGCAGAAAAAYAAUAUUAAUAUGUUUGUACCCAAAAAGACAGAACAAGAAGAAAUAUCAGAUUUACUCAAUCAAGUGACUGACGAAUGUAGACUGGAUAAUGACAUUAAUGAUCAUARUGGCUCUAGGCAGAAUGAUGGAGAGUCAUCAAAUGCAAGUAAUGACACUGUAAAAACUGAUGAAGUACAAGCACUCAUCCAGAAAACAAUGGAAGAAUGCAAAAAUGAAAAAUCUUCCGAAAAUGAGAUAGAAAACAGAUUGGCAAACCUUAAAGGCAUUGAUCCAAGUGUAUACAGAAACCCUGUUCCACAUGAUAUUGACAGUGACGAUGAAGAAACUUAUAAUGCAAGAUAUCUACAACAGGUGUUAGGGGAAGCUUUACUUGAUGAUAAGACWAAAGCAAUGGGAUAUGAUUUAACAGGAAAGAAACCAAAACCCAACAGCAGCCAGAAACCUCAAAGCAGUAAAGGAAAUUCAAAUCAGGAAACUGUUGAUGCUGCACCUAAUAACAAACCAUCUAGUAUAUUCAGUAAAGAGUAUGAAGCAGAUAGUGAUGAUGACGAGUUGCCAUGGUGUUGUAUAUGCAAUGCUAAUGCUGUACUACGUUGUCAUGGAUGUGACGAUGACCUGUACUGUAAAAGAUGCUUUAGAGAGGGACACAGAGAUGAAGAUCCCGAAGACCAUACGGCGUCUGCAUACAGACCGAAAAAGAAACAUUCAUGAUAUCAAAGAACACAAACAAAUUGACAUUUCACUGAUCAAGACAGUAAAAAUAACAUUUCACUAUUUAAUAGUCUCUCGAGAAAUAAUAUCUGAUAUAGUGGCCAAAAUGGAAAGAUAUUUAAAUAUCAACUAUUCAAAGAUAAGGAUAAAAUAUAUCAAUAAAUUGUAAUAUAGUGAUUUCAUAAACCCAUGCUAUUACACUUUUAUUCUUGUUUGUCAUUAA